AUGAGUUUCACAAAACAAGCGAUUGUACUGCAAGGUGAAAAUAAUAGCGAUAAUGAAUUAGAUGAUUUUUUGAAAGACUAUAUUGAAAAAAAGAACCUUGAACGUGAAAAAGAAACACAAGAAAGGGAACGUAGAAUUCUUAAGGAGCGUCAUAACACAGAGGAAGUUCUUGCUAUACAAGUCGGUAAUGAUCAAUUAGUUUCUGUUGAAAAUAUUUUAGAUCUUGCUUAUCAUGUCGGAAAAGGCACCAAGCAAGAAAC